AUGUCUCAUCAUACGCCGAGAUACCACAGUGGGAUGAUGGGACCCCAUGCGAGAAGGGGAGUCCAGGAAAACCCCGAAGGCAGGUUCCCUCCUGCAAACCCGAAUGCCUUACACUGGGAAAUCCAAAGACUGAACUCCCUUCUAGAAAUAGAGAGAGCCGGAAGGUUUGAAGACAACCAAAGACUGGCCCACCUGAAGGAGGAGUUGGAAGAGAUGAAACUCCAGUUACAAAGGCAGACAGAUAUCAAAGAAACGCUUAUCAGCCAGGCCGAAGACGCAAAGAGGGAACUUGAGAGACUAGAGAGGUUCAGUGAUCCAGAAGUCAUUAAAGCUGUGAUCACUGCUUCCAAGGCUUACAAAGAUGUGAAAGACAUGAAGAUGAAGCCCUUGCAACAAGAAUAUGUGGAUUUAAAGGUGGCCCACCUCCUCAGCCAGGAAGCAUUUAGAGCUGAAAUACAUGAUGAGAAAGUGAAAAGUCAGGCCCUCCAAGAAGAACUGGACGAACUGCAGACUUCCUACGAGGAGCUGCGCUCUAAGUACGAAGCAGACGAUGCUCUGGUGAGGCAGGAGGCCGAGACACAAACGUUUGAUGAAGAGCGGCUUAGUGAGGAACGACUCCUGGAGAAUGGGAGAGCUGAGAAGGACGACAAGUUCCAAGAAAUGUCACAAAAGAUCACAUUCCUGCAAGACAGCGAGAGACUUUUGCAGGAAGAAUUAAAUCAGAUCAAAAGUUCAUACAAUGAACUGAACUGCAAAUAUGAAAGUGACAUUUCUGGACUAAAACAAGAUGUGGAAACAUUCCAGCAGAUGAUACAACAGGAGGAAACAGCUCUUUCUAAAGAAAAGAAAGAGAAUCUGAUCCAUGUAAUAAACUAUUCUGCUCUGCUAGAACGAGUUGAAAGACUUAAUUUACAGCUAAAUCAAGAAAGAAAAACAAAUGUGGAGAAAUCAAAGAAGGACAUGGAGCUACUUGAAAAGAUGAGAGCUGAGAACACUGUCCUCCAAGAAAAAACAACCAGAGAGAUUCAAUUCCUGCAGGCCAGCAAGAAACUUUUGAAGGAAGAAUUAAAUCACGUCAAAAGUUCAUACAAUGAACUGAACUGCAAAUAUGAAAGUGAAGUUAUUGGACUAAAACAAGAUGUGGAAACAUACCAGCAGAAGAUACAACAGGGGGAAACCGCUCUUUCUAGAGAAAAGAAAGAGAAUCUGACCCAUGAAAUAAACUAUUCUGCUCUGCUAGAACGAGUUGAAAGACUUAAUUUGCAAUUAAUUCAAGAGAGAAAAACUAAUGUGGAUAAAUCAGAGGAGGACAUGGAGCUACUUGAAAAGAUGAGAGCUGAGAAUACUGUCCUCCAAGAAAAAACAACCAAAGAGAUUCAAUUCCUGCAGGAGAAAGAAAGGAGUGCACUGGCUGAGUUGGAGACGGUUAAUGGUUUGUACCUGGAGCUAAACCGUCGGUACGAAACCGAAGUCAGUGCACUGAAACAACAAUACCAGCAGGAGAUAAGUUAUAUGAAAAAUGAUUUGGAAAGAGUUAAAGAGGAUUUACUGCUGCCCGACACUCUGAGAUCUGAGAACGAAGAUUUCCAACAGAAACAGAUCGCAGUUUUCCAAGAACAGGAGGAAGAUUCACAGAACCAAGUGGACCUGGUUAAAGUUUUAAAUCAAGAGGUUUCUUCAGAGGAGGAACUCCCAGGAGAAACAUUACCAGGUUGUUCCACGGAUCCGGAAUCCCCGGAAGAGAUCGAGAAACCGUUUCUCGCUGGAGAAACCAUCCAGGAGGAUUUAAACAAUCCAGAUACUAAAACCACGCAGGAUGGUAAAAAGAAGAAAUCUAAAUUUUCAUUUUGGAAGACAAUACGAAACAUUCUGCGAUUGAAGAAGCCAAAGAAAAAGCAAGAGUAAAGACAAUCAAGAACAUGUUUAAUGCUCUUGAUUUUGAUAUUUAAAGAAGGAGAAAGACGUGCAAGAGAGGAACCGAGGAAUCGAACGCUUGAAGGUUGUAGCCUCUGUGAAAGGGGCGCCAUGCCACGCUCCGUCAAUAGAGAAUUUAAAAAGGCAAAGAUUUUUCCCCCAUCGACAAACUA